UGUUCAUGUCUGCCGUCAUUCAACGAAGGUGAGGGUGUAUAGGUGCGUCUUGUUUUGUGUCAGAAAGUUGCCGUAUGGACGAUUAAUAAUGACUUAAGGGACUUGAUCGAACAGAGAAAGAUGGGAGAUUUAUACCGUGGGUAUUGUCUCUCAUGGACUGGCCUUUUUAGAGAGAUAAUUCUCCAUAUAUUCCGAUGCUGAAGUGAACAAAAUGGCAGCUCAUCCAAAGUUUGACAAAAUGGCAGUCACAGUGGAUAACUCUUCGUCGAAUUCUAGUGUUUAUGACACAAACACAAAGGAGGAUUUGGACCAUAGGCCUUCUAUGGGAAAUAUGAAAUCCUUAACAGACGGUAUGCAUAAAAAGAAAAGCACGUUUAAAAUCACAAGCGUGACGAAAAACAUUCAGCGCCCCCCGAUCGGAGGGGACCCCCCGAACGAUGCAGAUGGUGAUUCUAUGGAUGACUUAGAUGAGACUGUGGAAAGUCACACAGAAGAUCUAAGUUCAGAAAUCCUAGAUAGUUCUAAAUAUACAGAUCUAGGCGACCAAAACACGCCUUUAGAGGAUUUUACCCAGACGUUUGGUCAGGACUCGGAAGUGAUAAUUAGCAAUACAGGCGGUAAGGAGGUCACAACUAAAGAGAAAAGUGAUGUUCAUUCUAGUACCACCACACGUUUUAAAGUAGUUAAAAUAGAGACCAAAGAACCAUUUAGAAGGGGUAGAUGGCUGUGUCAUGAUUUGCUUGACACGCCAGUGACAGAAAAGAGUGAAACAAAGGUAGUUAGAGACUCGACGACAGAUGAUCAAGCCAAUUCUGGAAACUCAAGUGCUUCAAGUUCUAUACAUUAUGUUCCUGGUGUUGAUGAUCCAGCCAAGAAUCCAUUAGCUGUGACGGGAUUGCAGAACCAAGGAACGGACGGAUUUGUCAUUCAAAGUGAUAAUCAGAGUGAUAAAUUUCAGUCUAAACCGCAACCAGGAAUGGUGCCUACUUCCCAGGACGGCACACAUUCCUAUAACCAACCUAAUCCAAACGUGUCCCAGAUUCCUACUAGUUUGCCAACCCAUCCAUCGCAAAACUACCAGGGCAUUGUUGUAAAUGCUGGUGCGGGAUCGCCUGGUCAGACUAGGCAAAAUAUCCCGCAGACAGGCCCAGUUACUGGACACGGUGGGUCGGUACCACCAGGUCAUGUACAAAAACCUAUGCAAGUCCAGACUCCAGUAGCAGAUAAUGCUAACCCUAGUUCACAACAUUCAUCAAUGCCAGUUACUACAGGCACCUCACAAAUUCCAAACAGCAUUACCGGACAAAUGCCUCCAACUUUGAAUGAUCAGACAAAACUGCCACAACCAGGAGGCACAGGUCUGGGUCCUGUUCCAAGUGGGCAGUCCCAAAUCAACCAAAGUACUGUAGACUCUAGCUCUAAUCCAGCGUCUGCUAAAGAUACUGCACACUGGAAUGAGUCGGAUGGGGGUGAAGUUCAAACUUUGAAUUUUAACAUUGCUGCUAGUCGGUUUAACAAUGACCAAACAGGCCUAGACAGUAGACUUACUCAUCAAUUGAAACCGGUAACCGGUCCUUCACAUUUCAGUGAUUUUUCAGCCCCAAUCUUGACGCCAUUAGCUGUUGCUGAAGCUGUUGGUGGCAUGUCUAGUCCAACGAAAGCAGAUGAAAGUAUCAAGACUAAGAGUGUGCAGAACCCGUACAUGUGGAUUAGUGGGUCAAGUACGGUCGCCAUUGACAACAAGAUAGAACAAGCUAUGGACCUGGUGAAGAGCCACCUGAUGUAUGCUGUGCGCGAGGAGGUGGAGGUCCUCAAGGAGCAGAUCCAGGAACUUGUAGAAAAGAACAACCAACUGGAGCAAGAAAACUCCAUACUGCGAGCCUCGGCCAGCACGGAGACUCUCAGCAAACUCCAGGUGCCACGCCAGUCACAACCUCCAUCAUCUUCAUCGUGACUACACCACCCAUCACCAUGACCACCUUACACUGAUCAUCCCCCCCGUAUCGGUGGUGGGGUGUCAGUCAGAAGCUUGUCCGCUAGUUCGCCAACAGUGGAAAUGUUUUCACGCUGCAUACUGCACGCACCCAAACGACUAGCAUAUGUAUUCUUAUUUACGCUCAUUUAUAAGAAUAUGGACAUAGCAUGGCUUCCAUGGUUACAAACUGACAGAGGCCGGAGAUCGCCAUGGUAAUGCAAUACCGAUCAAACUGGUAUCUGGUAGUUCCCAUAGUUGCGUCUUGUGAUAAACGACGCAGCAGAUCGUUGACAGGUCUGUUGGUGAGACACCUUCGUGACAGGAAGUGACACGUCUUUGGCAAUAUGGAGCAUCGAUGUACUCGAUCGUUUCCCUUCCAACGUGAUUGGGGUGAGGACUGGGAAGUUUCAGCUGUGUGGAAUGUAAAGUUUUGUUCCUUAAUUCCAAUUUUCAAGACUUUAUUUGAUCUAUUUUAUCAAUAUUCAUCAUGAGUUGUCAACAAACAAAAUGAGUAUCUACUGCAAUAUCAAGGACAAUCAUUAUUUCCCCCCAUAUUUCCUAGUGUGUCGUAUACGAUCAUUCUAAUCCUUAUUUCUGUCAAAUGUAUCGAUAUGUAGGUGUAUUUUAUUAUGUAUUUAAAUUUUGUUUAUGUAACUCUGCAUCUGACUAAAAUACCGGAAAGCACGACAUUCUCACUUCAUUACACAAGCUGCAUUAGAAAUAUCUACAUUUAACCUCAUUGUAAGGGUUAAGGUCAUAUCAGUCAUUGACCUUGACCUUUGGGUCAGUCUUCUAGUGCUUGCCAACAUAUAUUAGGUAUCGGUCCUAUUGAUUCUGUCUACUGCUUUUGGUAGUCUUGAACUAUAGCACCUGUGUAAUAAAAAACAUCAAGAAAAAUGCUGCUCUUCUUGACAAGUUUCUUGCCUUUGUGUGCAUAGUUGUAUCGAAAAAUGUGCUUAGUUGUGGCAACAUUUACAUAAUGUUUUUUAAGACUGAAACCUACGUCAAUGGAGCAAGCGGAACAAAUCUGGAGGAAAAGUCCAUCCUUGAGUAUUUUUUAACUGAACACCAUUCCAAUCGGUCAUGAAAGCACUGUUUCUUCUGUACAGUUCUGUGGUCAGUUAGAAAAGCGAUGAAUUCCCUACAUACAAUUGUGAUACGUUCUCCAUAGAUAUCUUUCAGUUUCUUUGCAUUCAUUAUGAUUUUUAUUUGAUGUGGCGUUCUGAAAAUGUGAUUACAAACAUGAGUAGUGAAAGUGUGAGUGAUUGAAUCUGCUUAAUCACAAAAUGCCUUGUAAUGUAUUAUUAUCAUCAUUAUUAUAAAAUGUAGAAAGGGAAGUGGCCUACAAUGAGCUGUCCAAACAUUUUGUGUUGCGAGAUCGAAGCUGGUGUGAUAAUCCGCACAGGAAAGAUCACAGGUCAUUGGACUUUUGGCUUAUGCCAGACAUUCCACAACAUUGUAAAAUGAACAAUUCACCAUCGUAUCAUCUCCCCAAUUUACAUCCUCCCCUCUCGAGCUUAACAUAACAGUCAGUCUCCAACAAUGUCCAGGAUUAAACCUCUAAAAUAUCAAUAUCAAAGGCAAAUUUAAGAUUUGGGAAAAUAUCUAUGCAUGUUCACUCCCCUCGAUUGUAACACAUUUCGUUUAGUACCUGAAAGUACAUUUAAAUUAUUUUUAUCCAAAGUACAUGUAUUUGUAAAAUUAUAAAUAAAUUUUCAUAUAAUUCAACCACCAUUUCAAUUCUAUAACAUAUUUUGACCAGUGGUAUAUAGAGGCGACCCAGUGGUAUAUAGAGGCGAACAAAAGGCAGAUAGUUCAGUUAUACAUCCUGGCUUUUCAUCAAGGUCAAUCAUUUGUGUUGUAGUAUAGUCAACAUCAACGGAAAUCACUUUUACUGCCUGAUGCAGAUAGCAUGGGAAAUAUUAAUGCAUAUUAAUCUUGACAUUCUGAGUACGUAAGUCGACAAGAUCUGAAGUUGAAUAUAUAAUUCAUUAUUUUGAUAUCAAUGUUGCAUGUUCUGAUGACAUUUUGAGUCAAUAGUCAUCAAAUUUAAGAGGAUAUUUUCAGUUUUGUCGACUGCUCAAAUGCAUGUUUCCAUACAUUGAUGGUACUCUUCCCAAUUCAAUAAUUGACACAAAGUUUUGAAGUUAGUCAAAUGUUUUCAAUGGACAAUUAUAAUGCUUUACCAUGAUACAUUGAUGUGAAAUUCAUUACUCAGCUUGCCUUCAAACUCACGCCUCAUCUGAUGACACAAGUGAGAGGAAAAGAAUUCUUUUCCUUUUCCUUAAUUUUUCUUUUUUAGGCACAAGUGAUGAUUAAAUCCAUAGACAUGGUUUAACUCAUUCACCCCUGAAAUCUCAUAAUGAGCUAUUCCAACAUUUGAAUUGGAAGAGUUCAAAUGUGUCUUCAGGGGUGGAUGAGUUAACUAAGUAGAUGUUUCAUAUGCAUGUACUUGCAAUGUUGGGAGAGAUCUUUAUAAACAUAGUGCUAUAUAAAUACAUAUCACAUCACUGAUAUGGGAAACAUGGGUGUUGACUUGCUUUCACAGACAGAAUUCAGUCACUUUCGUGACCUGGUAAUGAUAGAUUAUGGUGUUAACACUUACAGUCAAGGGGAAUAACUCUAAAUUUGUGCCAUGCCUAUUGGGUGUUAAUAGAAAGGGCUGUUGUAUUUCUCCAACGAGGAUUCUAAAUAUGACGAAUAUUAUAAAUAUUAUAUUCAACGAACACACACUCAACUCAAUAGUGUUGUUGGUUUGUGUUCCGUACAGUGCACCGAGAUUAUUAUCCUUCUGUGAUGAUGGAAGUGAAGCUUCCAAAUGAUUAAGAUUUCCCGAUUUUAUGGGGACCCUAAGAGAGGUUACUGUUUUAUUGAGCACAGACACCUUCAAGCUUUGUGAGAUUAUGUGUAAUAGUAAGCCUUGAGGUGCUUGUCGCAUAGUAGUGUAUAGCAAAUAAAUAAAAAUGAAAAUUGAAAUAGUACUAAUUAUGUAAACAUAUUAUUAAAAGAACAUUAAAUCCCACUGUUUUUCCUAUAACGGCCAGUUUGUUUAUGUUUAAAGCACUUGUCAUAUUUUUUAGAUUGUAUAGGAACUGAAGAUUUAGUCGAAGUUAUAUCGGCGUUAUUAUGACAUUUGUUGUCAUUAAUUUUAAUUCUUGUGCAGAAAUUUGAUGGUCGUACAAGCAAACACAUUGCCAAUUCUGCAAAUACAGUACAGUAUAAGCACUUGCAAAUAUGAGAAAUAUUCCCGUGAAUUUAUUUUAGACAAACAAAAGAUUUGAUGAGUGUGGCAGGAUGCAAUUUCAUGCUUGUGAGACCAGUUGUUCAUGGACAACAUUUUUGAAAUUUUAAAUGCUUAGUUAAGCUUAUAGUAACAAGUGUUUAUUAACCUUUAAAAUCAGAUUGGUGAUGGAAAGUGGACUUACCAUCCAGUCAUAAUUCUUUUUAUGGGAGUCUUUAAACGUUUAUUCAGUAGAAGCGUUUCAGCUGAAUUUUAAAAUUGAGAGUUGAUUUUGUUGACAGGUAAUUCUCUGGAAUAUUUUCUGUAUAUGGGGUAACAGAUUUGGUACUUUUAUCUGAGACCACAUUGGUCUGUAGACUUGGAGCACUCGCCUGUAUGAUGUAUAUAUAUGUAUAGUACGCAACAAAUCUGAUUGUAUUUUAAUGCCAAUGUAUUAUGAGAGAAGAGUACAAUUGUACCUUGGGCGUAAUAAAUAUUUACAACCGCU